AUGGAGCGAAUUGAAAUAGCCUUAGGUAAUCUUCAAGGGAGGGAAGUACUCUUGAAUGAAGGAGUUGAAAAUGAAGAAGAUGAAAAUGUCACCCUUUUAGCAGGACAUAGUCCUACUAGGGGAGGGAGAGAUGUCGGUCGAGGGAGAGGAAGAGUCAGAAGAAGGGGUAGAGAAAUUUUAGCACCAAAAAGAAUUGAAAGGGAGUACCAGUAUGAGAGAGAAAAAGAAAAGGGAGUCGGGGGAGUAAAGCUAAAAAUUCCAACUUUAUAUGGGGGAUCUGAUCCAGAGGAGUAUUUGCAAUAUGAGAGCAAAAUUGAGCAUGUCUUCGAUUGCAACAAUUUCAGUAAAGAAAGAAAGUUGAAGUUAGCUGUGGCUGAAUUUUGUGAUUACGCCAUUAUAUGGUGGACAUCUUUGAAAUCAGAGUGGAGGAGAAAUUAUGAAGAACCAAUUGAAACGUGGGAGGAAUUGAAGACAUUAAUGAGAAAAAGGUACAUUCCUAAGCAUUAUUCUCGAGUACUCAAGCAAAAACUCUAUACUUUACAACAGGGAUCCAAAAGUGUUGAAGAAUAUUACAAAGAAAUGGAGACCCUUAUGAAUAGAGCAUGUAUUGAUGAAGAUGAGGAAGAUACAAUGGCUAGAUUUCUUGGUGGGUUAAACCGACAACUUGCUCAUCAAGUGGAUAGGCAAGCGUACUUUGAUAUGCAAGAAUUGUUACACCUUGCUGUCAAAAUCGAAGGGCAACUAGCUUGGGAGAAGGAGAACUCCAAGAGGUAUGGUAUUUCAAAGUCUACUACUUUCAACACUUGGAAAAAGAAUGCAAAUAUUGAAAAGAUAGAUUUCAAAGUUGGAGGCAAGUAUGAUCCUGACAAAAAGAACAAAGUUGAGACCUCCAAGGGAAUUGGUCAUUUUAGUCGUGAUUGUCCUAACAAGAGAGUAAUGAUCAUCAAGAAUGGACAAGUUGUCACAGACAGUGAGGAAAGUGUCCAUGAUGAGCUAGUUGAAGAGGAAAUCAAGGAGAAUGAGGAGGAACUAGAAGAUGGGAGUCAUUUGGGGACUCCUUGUAGUCUUGUAAUUGAUAGUGGAAGCUGCACCAAUGUCGUAAGUACAAUGCUGAUCAAAAGGUUGCUAAUUCCAACCCAACACCAUCCUAAAUCUUACAAGCUUCAAUGGCUCAAUGACAGUGGAACAAUGAAGGUAACUUCUCAAGCUUUAAUAUCUUUUACUUUGGAAAAAUAUAAAGAUGAAGUUCUUUGUGAUGUUUUACCAAUGCAUGCAGGAGACAUAUUGCUUGGCCGACCAUGGCAAUUUGACAGGAGGGUUAUGUAUGAUGGCUAUUUGAAUCGGUAUUCUUUUGUAAAAGAUGGUAGAAAAACCACUCUUGUACCUUUGAGUUCUGCAAAUGUAUUUGCUGAUCCAUUAAAGUUGGAAGAAAAAAAGAAAGAAAUGAAAUUGGAAAAAAAAGGAAAGAAUGUGAAGUUUGAGUCCAUGUUCUGUACCAGUCUUAUUGGUGCCGAAGAAAGAUGGAACGUGGUGCAUGUGCGUGAUUGUAGAGCCAUCAACAAAAUCACGGAAAAGUAUCGACAUCCUAAUAGGCUAGACGAUAUGCUUGAUGAAUUGCAUGGUUCAUGUUUAUUUUCAAAGAUUGACUUGAAAUCUGGAUAUCAUCAAAUUAGAAUGCAUGUAGGAGACGAAUGGAAAACCGCGUUCAAAACUAAGUUUGGAUUGUAUGAAUGGCUUGUUAUGACUUUUGGGUUAACGAAUGCUCCUAGUACAUUUAUGCGCUUAAUGAAUCACGUUUUGAGAGAAUAUUUAGGAAAGCAUGUUGUUGUGUAUUUUGAUGAUAUUUUAAUUUAUUCAAAGACCUUGCAUGAGCAUGUGGAGCAUGUUAAGUGUAAGGACCGAUUAGUUUUGAUUACACUUAGAAAAGAGAAACUUUAUGCUAAUUUUAAUAAGUGUAGUUUUUGCAUGGAAAAAGUUAACUUUCUUGGCUUCAUAGUUGGUAAGAAUGGAGUAGAAGUAGAUGAAGAGAAAGUUAAAGCAAUCAGGGAUUGGCCAACACCACAAAAUGCAAUGAAAAAGAAUGUUGUUUUUAAAUGGGGAGAUAGGCAAGAGAAUGCAUUUAAUGAGCUUAAGAAUGUCUUGCCUAACUUCGAUAAAACUUCUGAAAUUGAGUGUGAUGCAAGUGGUUUGGGCAUAGGUGCUGUUUUGAUGCAAGAUGGCAAACCUGUAAUGUAUUUUAGUGAAAAACUAAAUGGGGCAGCAUUGAACUAUCCUACCUAUGAUAAAGAAUUGUUUGCUUUAGUUUGCACAUUGCAGGUGUGGCAACACUACUUAUGGCCUAGAGAAUUUGUGAUCCACUCUGAUCAUGAAAGCUUGAAGUAUCUUAAGGGUCAAAGCAAAGUGAACCGUAGGCAUGCAAAGUGGGUGGAGUUUAUUGAAACAUUUUCGUAUGUCAUCAAAUAUAAGCAAGAGUUUGCAUAUAAUAGAGCAAUUCAUAGUACAACUCAUUGUUCUCUUUUUGAAGUUGUGUAUAGAUUUAAUCCACUUACGCCUCUUGAUUUGCUUCCUAUUCCUUCUAAUAUGUUUAUGAGUGAGGCAGCCACAAGUAAAGCAGACUUGAUCAAAACAUUGCACAAGGAGGUGAAGGAGAGAAUUGAGAACCAAAAUUUCAAAGUUGCUUCAAGGAUUAACAAAGGACGGAAGGAAAUCAUUUUUAAACCUGGUGACUGGGUUUGGAUACAUUUUCGCAAGGAGCGAUUCCCAUCUCAACGGAAGACAAAGUUACAUCCAAGAGGGGAUGGCCCUUAUCAAGUCCUUGAAAGAAUUAAUAACAAUGCAUAUAAAAUUGACCUUGAUGAUUUUUCUGAUUCGAGGACGACUCCUUUUGAAGAGGGGGAAGAUGAUAAGAAUCAUGGAUCCAACAAACUAAGGUUCCCAGACCCUAGAGCCUUCAAAGGGAAUCGGGACGCCAAAGAGUUGGAAAACUUUAUCUUUGAUGUCAAACAGUACUUCAAAGCCACGACGGCUUGUACCGACGACAAGAAGGUGACCGUAGCUGCGAUGUAUCUCAUAGACGACGCCAAACUGUGGUGGCGUACGAAGGUGCAAGACAUCGAGGAUGGAUUUUCCACCAUCGACUCAUGGGAGGACCUCAAGAGAGAGUUGAGGGAACAAUUCCUCCCCAAAAACGCAGGACAUAUAGCAAUGGAGAAAAUAGUAGCCCUGAAACACACUGGAAACAUACGGGACUAUGUCAGACAGUUCUCAACCCUGAUGCUAGAUAUCAGAGGCACAGCAGAGAAGGAAAAGAUGUUCUACUUUAUAAAUGGGCUACAGCCAUGGGCCAAAACAAAGAUACAUGAGAACAGGGUCCAAACCCUAGCUGCCGCAAUGGCCUGCACCGAGAGACUCGUAGACUAUGGGAACAAAGCAGGAUCCCAAAGAAGAAUGACACCAGCCCCAAACAAUGGGGGCAAAACAUACAGGCCACCAG